CACCUUGCCGUGCCCAGGCGCUCAGCAUGCCCGGGCUGCUGGCGCUGCUCCAAGCUGCCGCCCUGCUGCAGCCUUACAUCUCCGAUGGUGCGCAGUGCACCCGGCCGGGGGAGGACGUGCGGCUCGUCCAAUAUUCGAUCAAGGAUGGAGAUCGUUGCGAGGAGCCCGGCGACGGCUUCUCGCGCCCGAGCUACUAUGGCACAGAGGGCUACAACUAUUGCUGGCACGUCCGAAACCUAAACGAGCGCGAGCCAGAGCUGAAGCCCAACACCGGGAUGCUCACCAUCGCCGACACAUGCUCCAGUAACACUGACGAGAGCCGUAAAUCUCUCGUGAUUGGGGCGCCCGCGCCGCUGGACGCAAACGACCCGUCGUCGAUCCUCAUAGUCGAGCUGCGACAAGACUGCUCCUUCUUUUCGACGCUGGUCAGAGAGCGCGGCGGUAUCCGAGUGGGCAACGAGACGUACGACCUCCAGUGCGUCAUCAUUGGCGACAGCUCAAACCCGCUCCAAGUCACCAACAGCACCUCGCGGCUCGUGCUCGACUUUCAGCCCGACUUUUUGGUAACGCCGCGAGGGUCGUUGAUGACGGAACACGCCUCGAAGCAGGCGGUCCUCGACGGCAGGGCCCUGCUUUCGCCCGCCGGCUCAAGCCCCAGGAUUUACUCCGAGGCGGCGGCCCUGGCGGGAGAGGUGGGCGCGGGGGCGAGAACGCUGGCGUUCGGCCUGCAGCCACCGACCGAGACGUACGCUCGUCGAGGCUUGGAGGCGGUCUUCGAUGCGGCAAGGCAGUUUGACGCAAACUGCUCUCUACCAGGUCGGCGCCAGCUCGGAGAAGCCACCAACUUCUCAGCGCGGCUGGGCGCCGCGCCCCGCACGGCAGCGCCGGAACGUGAUCCGUGCGAGCUAGCCUCGCGGUGCGAAGCGGGCUCGUGCGUGAAGAGUCUGAAGCUGGGUGUGGUCCUCGAGAACUCCAGCUACAGCUUCCCCGUCCGGGAUAUGUGCGGCAACGCGACCGCGCUGUGGACCUCCCUUGGCGGCGUGGCCAAUGUCUCGACCGCCGUCAUCGCGGGGCGCAGGAAUUCCGGCCUUGAGUACGUGCAAGCCUCGAGGGACGUGGACGACGCCGCGUACGAGAGCAGCCUGGCGUCGGCGCUGGCGCAGCUCAGGGAUGACGGGGCGACGGUGGUGCUCGUCUGCUCUCCCGGUGCCGUGGAGGUGCCAAACAUCAUGCGGAACCUGAGCUACGCUCCGCUCGCCACCAUCCUCACCACCUCGCUCUACAAGUCGAGGUAUCGAACCCGGAUGGCGGAGGGCUGGUGGGAGGGCGAGUACUUCUUGGAGACCUACCCCUGGGACAGGGCGCUGCCGGGGCCGAAGGGCGCCUUCACCAACUUGACCUCCCGAGAGUACCACGACAGAUUUCGAGUCGAGUUUGACACCGCGCCAGGGCGGCACAGCGCAAUCACGAUCGCCGCCCUGUCGGCGCUGGCGUACGCGAUCGAGUCGACUGGCUCGCUCAACACGUCGGCCGUCACCGAGGCGCUCCUGAGCUCCGAGCUGCCCGAGUUCUUUGGCAACAUCUCGUUUGACGCCCACGGCCAGCAGGACGCUGCGCUCGCCGCCUUCCCCGUGAUCCAGUACCUCCCCUUCAGCACGAGAAAGGGGGUGCUGGACGGGGUUGAGCUUCCGUUGGCUGACGUGGUCGACUAUUCGGGGUGGGGCGAGACGAUUCGGGAGGUUGCCUUUCCGAUGCCAACCUGGGAACUCAGAGAGUGCCGCCGCGCCGACCCCUGUGGCGCGAACGGCUGGUGCAAGCAGGAUGGCCCGGGCAGAGCCAUAUGCGAGUGCGAGGAGGGCUUUGAGUCGGUUGAUGGUGGGCGCUGCUCUGAGUACCUGCCAUCGCCUCCGCCUUCGCCUCCGCCGCCCCCAAAGGAGGAGGGGAUCAACUUCCCGUACUACGCGAUCGGCAUCGCGUGCGUCGCCUUCCUGCUCCUCUUCCUCUCUCUCUGGGCGGUCGACCCAAAGGCGCGGCGGCGCUCCAACCUCUCCGGAAGGCAACUGACCAGCCUUGUCCAGCGGGCGGGCUGCUGCGGCGGAGACGCCCUUGACGAGGAGACGCUGACUCGCAGCCGCGCGCGCGUGGUCGCCGCGCCGUCGGUCCCGCACGACGUGUUCCACUGCUUCGUGAGCCACGCGUGGGCGAGCGGGCAGGACCAGGCGCGGUCGGUCAAGGGGCAGCUGCAGCGGUACGUCCAGAACAUCCAGGUCUUCCUCGACGUCGACAACCUCGAGGACAUCUCCCGGCUCGGCGAGUACGUCGGCAACUCGAGCGCGCUGGUGGUCUUU